UUUCGGCAGCGAUGACCUUCUCCUGAAACCCCCAAAAAGUCACCUUUUCCCGCCUCCCACUUAUUCUCGUGAUACCAUCAGUUCCAUUUCUAUCCAUUUCUUGGUGGUCGGGAGCCGAUCUACAGCGCAACUUGACUCGUCUUAAGGGUGCACAGGCCCGCAAUUGGUUGACCGCUUGAGCGCUUCUUUCCCCAGAUCCAUCCCCUCCUUCUCAACUCACUCCAUCUCCGCAUCUCCUCUCCCUCACGUACCAUCGUGGUAAAGUCAAAACAGAGGAAGGAGACGGAAUAACCUUUCUGCUCGACUGCAAGACCACCUCGUGGCCGAGAGACAGCUCCUGACAUCUCCAAGAAACCUACCGGUUUUACAGGGGAUAUGCUCCGUUGAUUGAUCAUAUUUUAUCUGAAUUAGAUCCUCAUCAUGCCUAUCAAGGUCAAAUCCAAGAAGCUUCCUGCCCCUCGCGAGGGAAGUCCUGUCUCCAUCCGCCAUUUGGACGAAUACGAACGCGAUCUUCCCGACAUUGGCACUCACGAUAACUUCAGAGAUGUCGUCAAGAAGCUCUCACUGUACUUUGUCGAUGUCAUUGAACUGCCGAGCACGUUUGAACAGCUGAGAACCACAGCUGCGGGGGCUCCUCUACGCAUCUUGGUGGAUCACCUCGCUGCAACCUGCACCAACCCGGCAAUUGUCAAUGCUCUUCUGUAUGUGUUAAUCCGAAAACAAUUUGCGGCGAUUUGUUCUCUAUCAACAUCACUCUCAGUUGCUGCAUCGUCACCCUUUUGUGGUAUCUGUGCCUGCAGAUGACAUGCUGUCAGGGGAGCCAAUCACAUAUCUGCUCAGCCCAUCCUCAAUCUGACGGGAUAUGCGGUGCAACGAUGAUUCGGAACACCUUGUUCAAUGCUGAUGAACCUUUGCUGACUGAUCCAAUCUCUAUAGAGCUCUCAAAUGGCAUUAUGCAUCUUCGUCAGAACACCGCACUCUGGGAGAAUCUCGAGCAGAUGCAUGUGAAAUCGUUGCUUGGCGAUUCCUGACUAGGCUUUCUGAACGCGAGGCAGUUAAUUACUGCCUUUACGAGAUCCACGAUCUAGAUGAUGAAAAUGAAGCUCAGGCUCAAGUGGCUGGUAAUGGUCACACGGGCGACGAGGAAGCUGGCGAAAACGCCCCUCUGCUCUCUCACCUUCGCUCCAUUGACAACCGCCGACGUGGACCAGGCCCUGCCGGGAGCAGCAUGAAGCGUAACCAACUUCUAAGUUCUCUCUCCCGCUUGACUAUGACAUCGGAUGAUGAGGACGGUGAUAACGAGGGUGAUCCUACUUCAUCAUUUAAGAACCUGAAUGCUCUCGAGAUUGCUGCCAUUGCCGAUGCCAAACGCUUCCUCAGCCAGCACAUUGUUCAAAAGAUUAUCACUGCUAUUUGGAGUGGUGACAUAGUCUUUUGGGAUAGCCUGUCUGUGCACUCUACAAAGAAGGUCCGGUUCUAUAACCCGAGGACUGCAGACCCCUUUUCUCGCCUGCGCGUUCCCAAGUAUCUCAAGAGCUGGGAGGUGCUGUUCUUCUGCAUUUUCCUCGCCCUGUACUACGCUGUACUCAUUGUGCGAGACGAGUCACGUAUUACAAUCCCUGAAGUGAUACUUUUCUUAUGGAUCGCGGCUUUCUUCUACGAUGAGCUCAGCGAGUGGCUUGAUGCAGGUUCUAUCUUUUAUGCCACCGACAUAUGGAACCUAUUCGACAUGAUCAUGAUCGCCAUCGGGUUUACCUUUGCAAUUCUGCGUAUUAUUGGCAUUGUUCAGAACAAACCCGAUCUGAACGACCUUGCAUUUGAUAUCCUGGCACUUGAGGCACUCUUCAUGAUUCCUCGUAUCUUCUCGAUUCUCAGUCUCAGCCCUGCCUGGGGCACACUUAUUCCAUGCUUGAAGGAGAUGGGCAAGGACUUCUUCAAAUACAUGGUACUUGUUGUUGUCGUGUAUUGUGGUUUCCUGACCACAUUUUCGCUCGUGGGUCGUAAUGUCUUUGCAUUCAAGUCCAUGGCCUGGAUCUUGACAAAGAUAUUUUACGGCUCGGCGCCCAUCGGAUUCGAGAUAAUGAAUCAGAUCGAUCCCUUCUUUGGACCUCCUCUGAUGAUCAUCUUCAUUACACUCUCCAGCUUCCUGUUGAUGGGCUCCCUGACAGGUAUGCUGUCCAACAGCUUCUCGCGGGUUAUCACCCACGCUAAGGAGGAGUACCUGUAUGUGUACAGCGUCUACGUCUUGGAAGCGUCGACUAGUAACCGACUCACCCAUUUCUUCCCUCCUUUCAAUCUGCUGGCCUUGGUACUCUUCCGACCUUGGCGUCUAUUCUUUACGGCCGAUGAGAAGUUCCGUGCUGGGCGUAUCAUGCUCCUCAAGGCGACUCAUUGGCCCAUUGUUGGCAUCAUCAAGCUGUACGAGAUGUAUCGCAAGCCAGGAGCCGUAGAAGAUGAAUUUGCUGGGUUCAAGGGUCCAUCGCGCUCUUCUCGACGCAACGGCAGGCACGCAAUUGCUCAGAAGCGAUCUGCGUCCAAUGUCGGUCGCCAGACGCUUUCUCCUAGAGGACGAGCGAAUGGUCAGAGUAUCGAGGUGCGCGAGGAUGACGUGGAUGCGCCAACAGCCAUGGAGGUGCAGCUCACCGAGCUAAACCGGAAGAUCGAUCAACUCACUGCAGCUAUCAUGGCUAUCCAGGAGAAGCAAGCAAGUGGAAACGACAGUGGAAGCUCAAGUACAGGUGCCACUCCCGCCUAGCUACGGGCUUUUGGUGAUCGGGCCGGUCCUUGACAGCUUUGGAACAUUGGAAUAUCUAGAUUUGGUUCCUUCUCUGAUCGGGUCUCAUCGGUCGAGGUCAAGAGUGGGUAUUCCAACAGAGGGGCCGGCAGCGAAGCGUUCCAGAAGAAUUGGCAUGAUGUUGGGAGUAGCAGUGGGGAGACGGAGAGAAGCGGCUCUGGACAUCUGCUGUGCCUGUGGAUCAGGUCGUUUAAGAAUGGGAUAGGAUACGAGUCGGCAACAACCCCACAACCUGGUGCCCUCGAAGAAGCUUGUAUUGUAUUCGUCAAGUAUAAGUUAAAGCCGGUCCAUGCCGUUGGAGGAGCUGGCAAACGGUGAUCACCCUGUAGUGCGGUGCCUGCAUAUGGGCUGAAUCAGUUCACUGGGGUCACCUGCAGAGUCUUCGAAUUUGACAAAGAUAAGACCCCGAUAUGCAACGAGAUUGGGCGAGGAAUACCUAGGUAGAGCUCCCGGUGAGCGGCAAACGUCGGCGUGGAGAAGAUGGCGUGUAAGUCAUGGAGAAUGGAGAGCAUUGCGGGGGAGGAAGGGUCUAGUUUGAGACGGCUUUGAUCAUUUGGCGGUAAAAAUGUCAAGAAUGUGUUUUUGAACAUGGUUCUCGUAUGUGACUUUUGGUGUUCAAUGCGUAAUGGAAGAGCUUUGAUCUUGUUGUUCAACGUGGGCUUGAGCGUGAGUCUUGUUGGCUGUUACACAAUCCUCAAAUAGUAACCACGCAAUAUGAACACAUCUCAUAAACUACUCUUGCCAAUCUCAAAUUCC